AUGGCCUUGGAGUCAGACAGCGACAGAGGUUCAUCAAGAAGCGCUCGUGUAAAAUAUCCGCGGGCAGCGUUGGAGCGCAACGGCUACGUGAAGACAUGUGUCACCCCGUUGCACCAGGACGCAGGGAGCCAGUCGUGGCUGAGACUCGCCGUGACAUGGACUUGCCGAGGAGUGUCGUCUGCGGUCUGCGUUGCCUCCGUCUCCGUUACUCUCGCUCUGCUGCUCAGAUUGGUCGACUGGGAUGCAGGCAGCAGCAGCAGCAGCAACGGAAAUAGCAGUGGCUCCGGCUCUCGUCUUCAUUUCGCGGCGGGCUGCGCUGUGGAGCUCCUUUUGACUGCGUGUUACUGCGUCUCCCCAGUUUUUACACUCGUAUGUGCCUUCUUCUGGGUCGGGCUGUAUCUGAUACGCUGCGGGGUGCUCAUCCGUACGGCGUUUUUUUUGUUAGCGGUGUGCCACUUGGGCGAAGCCGCGGCGCAGUCCCUCCUGCGCGGCGCCGAGGAGCAGCUGCUGUCCCUGCCCGCAACCCUGGUAGUCCUCGGCUGCCUGGGCAGCGGGGCUCUGCUGGUCGUCCGGCUGGGUCAGGGAGUGUCAAUCCUCGUCUUCAUUAGCGUCAUCAGGGCCGUCUCCCUAGUCUCUCUGAGCAGAGUUCGGGCCAGCUGGAGACCCUACCUGGCCUACCUGCUGGGGCUGCUGGGGGUUUUGCUUGCGAGGUAUGCUGACCGGCUCCUGCCGGCCUCAGGGACCAGCGGGACGGGGUGCUGUGGCUCUGUGACCGGGGCGAAGGAGGAGGACAUCCCUGUCUUCAAAAGGAGACGGAGGUCCAGCUCCAUAGCGGCCUCGGAAAUGAUGGCUCAUAGUCAGAGCAACAGCAAGUCCCACCGCAGGACUUCGCUGCCUUGCAUUCCGCGGGACCAGUCUUCGGGCACCAGUGUGGUUGUGGAUAUCGCGGUUAUGGGUGAGGCCCAUGGUUUGAUAUCUGACCUGCUGGCAGACCCCUCGCUGCCCCCUAACACCUGCAGCUCUCUGAAGGCCGUCAGCAACCUCCUCAGCACCCAGAUCAGCCUCCAGCCACUCCACCGGCCUCGCAUCCCUGCAGACACACACACCUGCUCUGACUCUGAGGAGGGGCCCGAAAAAACAGAGAGACUUGCCAUUCCAAAGCGUCUAAGGCGGAGUCUGCCCCCUGGGUUGCUGAGGAGAAUCUCAUCAACGUGGACCACAACCACCUCAGCUACAGGGCUGCCCACCAUCGAGCCAGGCCCUGUACGCCGAGACCGCUCAGCCAGCAUCAAACACACCACAGACAGUGAAUCAUGGAACAACUCAGUGAUGAUGACCAUUUCAAAGAGCCGCUCCAUGUCUGCCUCCUGUGCUGCCUCUGUCACCUCCAACCACCUCUACAGCAAACCACUGGGAAGACCAGGUUUCCCCCCCUCCAACGUAUCACCUCUGGGCUCUCCAUGCCCGUCUCCUCCCGUCCAGGGCACUCCUGUCUCCAGUCCUACAAUAAAGACAUGUUCAGUGCAGCUUCCUGAGCCGACUGGGCCUCUAACAGAGCGGGAACCUGGUUCUGUGGCCCCCAAGAGCCAUCACAGAGCCUUAACUCACAGCCAGAGCGCCCCAAGUUCCACCACCCCGCACUGGCGGCCUCCAUCACUUUGCGGCAGCUGUGGCAGGCCAUUCAACAAUCGACUGAACCACGGGGUAGAAUCUGUCGACAAAGGAGACAGAAUACCCCAUCCAGAUGAGCGUGCAGUAGCUUCAUCAGACUAUGACAGCACCUACGACAGCACCUAUGAGACCAACCACAGUGACAGCAGCGACUUUGCACAGAAUGAAGAGGAGGGAGAUGGAAGCAAGAAGCCGCCUGAAGCAAGGGAAGGUUGCAGGGAGUAUCCAUCAGAGGGCAUCAUUCUUUCCCCGCUCUUGCCAUCACCAGAGGACAAGCCCGUCUUGGUCCCGGAGGCUCUAGUGAAUCCAGGGCCGGAGCCACUGAUGAGUCAACUCAACAACUGGAACUUUCCCAUUUUCAGUCUAGUGGAGAAGACUCACGGCAAGACAGGCUGCAUCCUCAGUCAGGUUUCCUAUAGGCUCUUUGAGGACACAGGUCUGUUUGAGACCUUCAGGAUUCCUGUACAAGAGUUCAUGAAUUACUUCCAUGCUUUGGAGAAUGGAUACAGGGACAUCCCUUACCACAACCGGAUCCAUGCCACUGAUGUGCUGCAUGCUGUUUGGUACCUCACCACUCAGCCUGUGCCAGGCCUUCCCGUCCUGCUGACUGAGAAUGGGAUACACACUGACUCAGAGAACGGCAUUACACCCGGUGCCACAGGCUUCCUGGUGUCCAAGAUGAACUCUGUGCUGGAGGAAGGCUAUGGUUCCCUGGCUGGCCUUAUCCCCGGCCUGGAGCUCAUGGCCCUGUAUGUAGCUGCUGCCAUGCACGACUAUGACCACCCCGGAAGAACCAACGCCUUUCUAGUAGCUACCAGUGCACCACAGGCCCUUCUUUACAAUGACAGAUCAGUCUUGGAAAACCAUCAUGCAGCUUCAGCUUGGAACCUCUUCAUGUCUCGACCUGAGUAUAACUUCCUGGUUAACCUUGAACAUGUGGAGUUCAAGCGCUUCCGCUUCCUAGUCAUUGAAGCCAUCCUGGCCACCGACCUCAAAAAGCACUUUGAUUUCCUUGCAGAGUUUAAUGCAAAGGUGGGUGAUGAAGGAGUGUCUGGUAUUGAUUGGACUAACGAGAACGACCGAUUGCUGGUGUGCCAGAUGUGCAUCAAGCUGGCUGAUGUCAAUGGACCACUGAAGAGUAAGGAGCUACACCUGCAGUGGACAGAGGGGAUUGUCAACGAGUUCUACGAACAAGGCGAUGAAGAAGCAAGCCUGGGCCUACCUAUCAGCCCAUUCAUGGACCGGUCUGCUCCACAGCUCGCUAAACUACAGGAAUCGUUCAUCACGCACAUAGUAGGACCUCUGUGCUCCUCCUACGACUCUGCUGCUCUUAUGCCAGGACGCUGGGUUGAGCAACCUGAUGGAGAGACGGAGCCAGAAGAGGCAAAGGAAGAACAAGAUACAGAAGAGGAAGAGGAGGAUAUGGCAGACGAGAGUGCAUCAAUGAGUUCUGACACCUCCCAGCAACAAGAAACCAAAAAGGUGAGCAGGAGGAAAGUGUUUUGCCAGAUCACACAGCAUCUUUUGGAAAACCAUGAAAUGUGGAAAAGCGUGAUUGCUGAAGAUGCCCAGGAGGAGGCCCAGAAAGAGGACCCCAACUGCAUCGGCAGCCCCACUGAUCCAAUCACAGCCAUUCACGAGGAAGAGGAAGAGCAAGCAAGCAAAGAGGAGGAGUCGACCGACGGCCUUGAUGAAAGGGAAGAGGUGCCGGUUUUAGAGGAAGAGGAAAUCCUUCCGCAGUCAGAGACUUCAGGGGAAAACGAGGAAGAACCAGAGUGAUGAACUUUGACCUCCUCUUAAACCAGGAAUCUGAACGUUGUCUAAAAAUGUUUGUUUCUUUCCUAACUAAACUCUUGAUAUGGUAGCCAGCACAUCACUUUGACACAACACUGUAGAAGAUGUUUUGGGUAAUAUGUGCCUAACAAAAACAGGGUUUAAGGACAGGGAUGAUGCACGCCCAGUGCAUCUGGCAAGGGGGGAGAGGUGAGAUGAGCAAAAGGCGAAGUGGCUAAGAGGCAGAAAAAGAAGCUGAAAAAGAAAAAGAGACUAUAUUUGUUUUUGUUGUAGUGUUUGUUUUAGUAUGGAUCUGGUGCCCUGCCCUCGCCCAGGCUACCCAUCCUGCACUAUGAGCCAACCAUGCUGAUUCACUCAUUCACUCCACCAGUGAGUAAUACACUGUCACAAGCCCCCCACCCACCAACCCACCCUUCUUGCUGCUCCCAUGCUAUCAGCACACUGUGGAGCCCCUGGCUGGUUGAGGGUGUGCAACAAGCCCCUUCUCCUUGAAGACAAUGGGAUGAAAGCCAGGGAAAAAGCUGUGUCCACUGAGGCUCAGAUUUGUUUCAGAGGGAGAGAGAAAAAAGAGCCAGUUGUAGUACAUUGUGUAUACAGACAUACACCCACACAAGCUUCACAGACACACACUCACAUACACAAUGCUAAAGUAGAAACACAUUCCAUACACAGAACUGAUAGGAAGUUUAACAAAGACCCCUGUUGCUAUAAAAGCUUUAUUUUAGCUCAAGGAAAAACACACAAAACAAUAACGUACAAAACAAUGUUUUGUUCAUGUCAAACAAUGUUUGUCCUCAGUUGCAUGUUUUCUGCUUGUCUUUUAUAGCUCAAAGUCAGUCCAGCAACACAUUUCCAGGGCACAAAACUCAGGAAGGCAAAGAUCCGUAGAAGAAAAACAGAAAAAACUAAAAGGACUUACAGUGUCCUUGUCCUUUUACAUGAUUUUCUGUCUGUGCGGUUUGAGAUGUUACUGAUGGUUCCCUUUGUGCAUGACAAAGGAAAGGUAAACCAGAUUAUUGAUCGGACUACGCUGUCAGUUUUAUUCCAUAUUGUCGCUACACUGCAACACAGCAGAUCAUACUGCUAAUCACAUUCAAACUAACAUACAAGACACAAAACUAGGUAAUAAGGCAAAAUUGUUUUGUUAAGUAAAUAUCAUUUGUGUCCAUAUUUCCCAACUUGUUUGCUUAAUCUAUACAAUAAUGUACUCACGAAUGACAAGAAUUCUUUAUAAUUUCUAACGUGGUAUGUAGGCCAAAUGCUUCAGAAAGUGAGUAAUCCAGUAAGCCAUAGUGGCCCCGGUCAGAGCUGACUCACAGCUCUAAAUCACCCAAGAGGAUUUACGUCAAUAAGACAUAAAAAAAAAAAAAAAUUACCCUCUGGUGCCUAUUGCCAUCCAGGAGGUGUUGUGUUCAACAAACUAUGUGGUCUCAGACAGAUCCAAAUUAUUUAAGCUUUCAUUAUUUUGUCACUCAAAAAGGCAAAGAAAGUCAUAUGAGCAUUAGAAUUAAUGAGGCUAAAGCUGCAUAGUCUCCAGUGCUGAUGUCUGUAAUCGUCUGUGACAUUGUCAGGUUUUUUUUGUUUACACUGAGGAAAUCUAAAUAUUUUGCAUACUAUAUGUAGUCAGUCCUUAAUAAAAGCAAAUAACAUAAGCAGAAUGAGAGAGAUGUAAGAAUUUGACACAGUGGAGAUGAUGUUUACAUUCUGCAUGGUUUCUUUAGGCCAGCAGACUCUCCACACCUCUACAUGGUUUUUUCUCCAUCUGUACUCCUCACUGAUGACAUAGCCCAUGGCUUAACAGGUGGUGUCAUGCUCCCCUUUGAUGUCUGCAGAGAUUCAGAUUGGUGGUGAUGGAGGAAAAGUGUGAACAAGGGAGAACAGCCCUAGUAAUGAGGCUUAGUAAUGCAAGACGCAGGAGGAGAAGAAGAAGAAGAAGCCUUUUAGCUUGACUUGUAGUUGCUUAUGAAGGGUCAGAGGGGUUUCAGAUCUUUUUUUUUUUCCACAUUUCAGUAGAAUCCUCUAGAUGUAACCCUUUGAAGAUGAGCCAGUUUGGUCUGAUUCAGAAUAGUGCGAUAAUUUACAUUAACCAAGUCUGAAAAAUGUAUUACAGGCAUAUGCAGUACAGUGUAUUUGAACUGACAUAGGAAAAGGCGGGGGGUGGGGGGCACUUUGUGGAUUCAGAUCCAGAGAUUUAGGGAUGCUUUGUCUUUUCACUUACUGAUCUGUAGCAGGUACCUUGUGUCAAAACUGCUGUGUGAACAAGGGGACAUGUUAACACAGAAAGACAGAGUUUUUUUUUUUUUUUGGAGGAGCUGUCUGGCUCAAGAGGUGAAGUGGACUUGGAUGGGUAAAGCAGAGUAGGGUGUGUUUAUAUCUGCAGUGGCACUAGCUGUCAGAGACAUUUAAGUAGCAUUGAUCUGUGAUUUUGCUUCUGCACUGUAGCUGGUAGGGAAUUUGCAAAAAAGACUAGCUGAUGUACACAUGAGAUGACAGACAAUGCCCAGGAGCAUUGAAAUGUGCCAAGUCACUGUAAACAUUCACAAAUAAAAAUCGCAAACUGAUAAUUUCAAGCCCAGCAAGUUGAGAGUGGCAGGUGAGCUCCUGGGUGAAGGUUGAUCACUGUGAUCAGUACAGCAGGGAGGGGGUAAGGGUUUUAAAACUGAAACAGUAACAAAGCAACGACAAAACAAGAGCAACCAAAGCGAGCGAAAGGUAAAAAUACAAAUGUCCACCAAGGAAGAAAAACACUUUACGCAACCAGUCCAUUAGACAUUAUUCUCAUACGCUGGAUAAAAACAGACUAAGGAAUCUAUUAAAAUGACUUGUUUGUAGACACUGUCUAGGUUUUUACUGGCUGAUCUUGCCGUGCUCUGACCCAAUUUCUUAACUCAAGAGUUUUUCUAACGUUAAUACUGUCUAAAUCCUCAGCUGUAUCCAUUGCACUGCUAUCAAAAUGCCCAUUGUGCAAAUGAGGGCUAAACCGUGCAACAUAAUGCCCUUGACCGCUUAUUCCCGGUACUUACAAGAGGGUGCAGUGGAUGAGCUUGUUUUUACUGCUAUGAAAAAGAAAGCUUGUGCUAACCAAAGCUUGAGCUUAUUGUUUGUGUUUCAGUUCAAGUCGAGAGCUCUUAAUAGGUGUUGAAAGUCUGUUUAUUUAUUUAUUUGUUUUUGAUUUAAGGUAGCUAUUUCAACAACAAAGGGUUGAAGGGUCAACUUUUUUUCUUUUUUGAAGAACUUAAAUGGGUUUCGCUUUACAAACUGAAAUCCAAUAAAAAUUAAAAGCAAAAUUAUGUCCAGCAUUGGUGUGAAUCAGACAGGAAGCCCUGGACAAAAAUAGUCCACAAUAAAAAAGAGCUAAUGUUGCUUGGCAACAGAAAAAAGGAAAAGGCAAAGUGAUAUCUGACCCCUGAAACAAUGUGUGUCUUGCCUACCAACAUAAAUGGCAGCAGUGUAUUUGUAGCGUAUGCAGCAAGACUCACGUGGAUUUACAAGUCCCCUCCUGGACCAAACGUCUUCCGGUCGCCUCUCUUUGCAUUGGCUUGUCAUGUUGAGCGUACCUGUGGCAGUAAAAACACGAUCUGUAAACAUCAGCUGAUACACGACAGAGCUACACAGCUGUGGGUUUUUUAAGGUGUCGACUAAGUGUUUUUUAAAGCUCUGUACAGCAACAUACUUUUCAAACUUCAUUCAGAAAAUACCCAAGACUGUAAAAAGUUCUGCAAGCCUCCUGCCUCCAAAUGGCAUUUGAACAGACAUCAAUGAGCUUGAGCUCCAUGCACUGUAAAUACCCUACCCACCCUACAAUAUAUCGAUGCCUCACUUGCAAUCUAAUGUGCAUACUAUUGCAAUGGAUUUUCUUUCCUUGUAUCUCACACAUGUACUAUCCCAUACUCCACCUCUAUGCUUGGAAAUUUGUAGACUUUCUAGGACUCCCUUCAGGUUUUUUUUUUAUUCUAUGUGAUCAGAGAAAUCAAAGCUCACUAGAAAUCUAGUUCAUCAAAAUAGACGCUUCCCACCUCUGAUCUCCCCUUGUAGCCCUGCCUCACUGACUUUGUACUCUACAGUGCAGCAAUCAAAGAGACUUUAUCAAAGCUGUGACAGAAUAUGGGGGUUGCUUUUGUCCUAAACAAUCCAAAGUAUUGGAGCUUACGUGUAUGUAGUCAUUUAGGGAGUUUUGAGUAAGCUAUAUGGGAGUGGUCAACUGUUUCCUUCCAUCCUUUAAGAACAGGUUUCAGGUCUUUUUGCAAUGAAAUUCUACCAAUCAUACCAUAGCAGUGUUUUUGCAAGUUUGAGCUUCAUAACUACGUAUCAUGUAUGCUUAUCAUAGUUAAUGACAAGUUUCAAACGCAGGCUUCAUAGGUUUAGAUGUUAGAGUAUUUUUUGCCCUCAUUUCCAGGCAGCCAUUGGUUUCUUAUCAUUUGUGUACAGUAUGAAAAUCUAUAGGCACACUCUUGAAACUUGCAUGAGUUAAAAAAAAAAAAAAAAAAAUAUCAACGUGAAUCUACAUCACUUCGUCACAACAGUAACAUUGCAUUUAUUAAUGCAAACUAGAUGUUCACCGGGAUGGAUUACACAAUUUUAGAAGGUUGUACGUAAAUAAACAGAAACCAAUGGAUGACUGGAAUGGCCUAUAUUGUUUGCCAAAAGGUUAGCUACUUGUAACCUAAAGUAUACAGGAACUGAUCUGUAGUAAAUGGGCCAACACAUGUAAAACUACUGGAAUGGUUCUAUAAGCGCUCUCUCGAGAAGUUGGAGGAAAUUUUUGUGAUCAAAUUAUUUUUUAAAAUCCUAAAUACUGCAGAUUAGAUCAAAAUUCUUGACUACAACGACAUAAAAGCUUAUGUCGUUUGUUGGUGUUCUGGUUUUGAUCAUCAUACAUAGGUACACUGGCCAAGGGUUUGUACCAAGGAAGUGUAGGUCAUCCAUAAUUGUUUUCUGUUGUUUUUGAAAGUUGUUAUAUGAAAUUUUGGCCAGAAAACAACAAAAGUCCAGAGUCUAAAACUACAACUUUCAGUUUAUCAAAGCCAGUAUCAGUGGUUUCUUGUAAAGAACAAGAAGAAGGGGAUUGCUGCACACUGGAUUAACUUGUGCAAACCAAAGAAACUUUUUGAACUCUGUGUUUUUUUGUGAUUUGCACAAAAUGAGCCCUAAAAAGGAGCAUGUUUCUUGCAUCUUCUCUUUUUUGUCAGUGUUGGCCAGAACCUGGUGAGGAUGCCUGGAUAUGCAUACACUUUGUUCUCAUGUGAAGACAGGACAGAUUAAAGCAACGUAAGAACCAUCUUAGCAUUCAUCUAACAGACCGGAGCGCAUGGUGUUGUCCACAUGCUUUACUGUCUGUUAUUUCACUGCCGUGUCAAUAGGCAGCAGUAGCACUACAAUGGAACUGACCAACUGUUCUUUUCUCAGACUGAAGCCCUUGUACUUUCUUUUUGAUGGUUUGAACCAAAAAUAUUCCUUUUUUGUAUUGUUUGUUGUUUCAGCCAUUUAAAAAGGGAGCUAUGCUCCUGUGCCAUAACAUUUUCACAUGUAUGUAUGUAUGUAUGUAUACAUUGUUUGAAUGCUAUAUUCAUCAGCUUUCCUUGUUUGUCACAAAGGAAACCAAAACAAACUUUUUUUCACCACCUUUAAAGCAAGACAAACAAGGCUGGUAUGUUUUUAUCUACUAUAGCAGGCACUUCACACGCUCAAUUCUUUCUUCUCUCCAGUAUCUUGCACUUAACACAUGUAGCAAUACCUACAGGAUGGGGAAAUUGUGUGUUUCACCAGUAUUUGUUUAAGUGGGAUAUGACAUUUUAUUUCUAGAUAUUGUUUGACUUUGUAUAAAAAAUAUAUACUGUACAGAUUCAAAAGUAUAUUAUAACAAAAAAACUUUUAGAAAAGUAUUUAUUUUUACUGUUUUGUAAUUUAGACACAAUACUGUAGCUCCUCUAUUGCCAGACUUACUGGAAGUGCCUCUCGACAAUGUAUUACAAAGUAACUAUACAAUAUAUUGGGAUUAUUAGAACCUGUCACUAGCAGAGCAGUGUUGAUGUUGUAAUGUGAAUAUUGUUGAAUAAUAACAUUUAUAAAAUGCU